GUUGGCCGUGACCUCCCGGCGGGCAGGGGGAGUCGGCCCGCCGCCGCUGGAGGAGGGGCGGCAGCUGCCAGGCCAGAGCGACCUCGGGACCCUCGCGUCUGCCACCGGUGGGGGAAGAUGGCCUGAGCUUAAGCGUGAGUAUGCCUGAAUGUCUGGCUGGACACUCAUCUGAACCUGGAAAUUAUCUGCUUAAAUUAAAUGAUGGAGUGAGUUUUACAAAGUAUUUUUUGCAUAGAAUAUUAGCAUUCACCUCUGCUCUUUGAUUUUACUAUGCUGGUAUAUGAAAGGCUGGAAGAGUUUUCAUCUGCUGCUGCUGAAUCCUGACUUUUUCAUGCCAAAUGGCGUUUAAUGAUUGCUUUAGUUUGAACUAUCCUGGCAACCCCCAGCCAGGGGACUUGAUUGAAGUGCUUCGUCCUGGCUAUCAGCACUGGGCAUUGUACUUGGGGGAUGGUUAUGUUAUCAACAUAGCACCUCUAGAAGAUGGCAUUCCCUCAUCAUUUACAAGCGCCAAGUCUGUGUUCAGCAGAAAGGCCCUGGUGAAGAUGCAGCUACUGAAGGAUGUUGCAGGAAAUGACACAUACAGAAUAAACAAUAAAUACGAUGAAGCAUACCCCCCUCUCCCUGUGGAAGAAGUCAUGCAACGUUCAGAGUAUGUUAUUGGACAAGAGGUGGAGUAUGACAUAUUUGUCAACAAUUGUGAGCAUUUUGUGACUUUGCUUCGCUAUGGAGAAGGAAUUUCAGAGCAGGCCAACCGAGCAAUAAGUGCCAUUGGGUUUGUGACGGCUGCUGCUGGUGCCUUCUCAUUUCUGAGCCUCUUUCAAAAAAACAAGGAGCAAAAUACUAUUAAAAUUUUACUGAAGAAAUAUUGGAACUGAAGGAAUUUAUGAUGAGGGAGAAAAAAAACCCUGAGAUGAAUACUUAUUUUCAAUGCAUUAUUAUUGUCCCAAAUUCCAGUGAUGAAUGGCAGACUCUAAUAAAUUGCUCACUGAUAUGAUCUCA